CUGCACAUUUAUUGAUGUUUCAACUAACUCCCAUUCUUUGCUCUAAAAACGAUAUAGUGCUUUUUUUUUGUAAGGAUCAAUGUAUCUGCAUUCACACAUUCAUUAGUCUUAUCUCUAUAAAUACCUGAAAUCUUUUACUGCUACUCCCACUUUUAGUUGUUAAAUUCAAAAACAUAGUUGUCUUUGGAAUCCAAAAUGGCAAGAAGUUUAGAGCUUUCUUUGAUUCUCUCUGUUCUGUAUCUGUCCUCUGCAGCAGUAGCCAUGGCUAGAAACCUUGGAGAGGAAUCAAGUGGUGAUAUAGAAUUCAUUAAAGCCUCUUGUAAGACAACGUCAUACCCGGACCUUUGCUUCCAGUCUCUGUCUUCAUAUGCAAGCGAGAUCAAGCAGCAGCCACGUAAGCUUGCUGAGACAGCGCUUGCCGUUAGCAUGGCCCGAGCAAAGUCAGCCAAAACCUAUGUCUCAGGGAUGAGUGAUUAUAAGGGAAUCACAAAGAGGCAGCACGAGGCUGUAGAGGACUGUAUAGAGGAGAUGGGAGACACUGUUGACAGGUUGAGCAAGUCUCUGAAGGAACUGAAGCAUCUGGAGGAAGGCGACAGCGGAGAAGACUUUUGGUUCUGCCUGAGCAAUGUCCGGACGUGGACAAGCGCGGCUCUGACAGAUGAGACCACAUGUCUUGACGGGUUUGGAGGGAAAGCCAUGGAUGGGGAGCUGAAAAGCUUAAUCAGAACACACAUAGUAAGUGUGGCGGAAGAGACGAGCAAUGCCUUGGCUCUCAUCAAUGACUUUGCUUCCAAGCAUUGAAAUUUUUUCAAAAGGGACAGUUUUCUCUUGGAUUUGGUUCCUAUUCGGAUUUGAAGAGAUGUGCUUUGGUUUGGUUUUUCGGAGUCAUUUCAGUUUUCUUUCCGCGUCGUUGUAUUACUACUAUCUACGGUCCUCAUAGUUGAAGGCAUUUGGUGUUGAUUUUUAUCAAUAUAUUAAAAUAGAAAAAAAAAAUAUUUAUCUCAAAUAUCGUGUAAUAAGGCAAGCUUUGGUUGAGAAAAAGAGUAUAGAAAACUUAAAUAA